AUGUGCAGUGUUAACUACGUUAAUACCAAUAAUUAAGAAUCUCAAACCCUGCUUAUAAAUUCUAAUCAAGUAUAAGCAGAUGUAUAUAUCCCUCACUAGUCACUACCAUACCAUCGUCUGAGUUCUUUCAAAGUAAACAAAUCCAACCAAUGGAGAUAAGUUCUAAGAUAAUAUCUGUUUUAGUGUGCUGCAUGUUAUUAUGUAGUUAUGUUGUUGAAGCCAAUAAUGUCAAUGGUGAUUUCUAUACUAAUCAUCAAGAAAUGAUGGGUGAGCAACCUUUGUCUAAAAUUUUUAUGCACGAAUUCAAACUAGGGAUUCAUGCAGAAGCUUCAAUUAAAGCUACUACCCGUCUUGUCGGAUUAAAGGGAGAGAGUAGCCAAUGGAUAAAUGUAAAGUAACAAAUAAUUUCAAAUGUCUUAUGCAUAGUGGUGCUAAUAGUCCAUUGUUGGUUUCUGCCCCAAUCAAGUACCAAUUCGCAAAUCAUUCAACUCCAGACUAUGUAAAUACCGGUAGUGGAUCUUUGAAGUUCCGUCUGAUCAACCAGAGAUAUGACUUUGCAUUUGGAUUAUUUUCUGGCGGGCUUUCCAAGCCGAAGUUAAUAGCUACUUCAAACAAGAUCUCUUUUGCAAACCCGAAGGCACCUCUUUAUCCUCGGCUUGCUCUUGGAAAGUCUUGGGAUGAAAUGACUGUAACUUGGACAAGUGACUAUGACAUAAACGAGGCUGUCCCUUUCGUUCAAUGGGGGCUCCAAGGGGAAGAACAAAUUCGGUCUCCAGCUGGAACGUUAACAUUUACGCAAACCAGCAUGUGUGGUCCACCUGCAAGAACUGUUGGUUGGAGAGAACCAGGCUUCUUUCAUACGAGUUUCUUAAAGAACUUGUGGCCAAAUUUAAAGUACACAUAUAAGUUGGGUCAUAGAUUGAUGGAUGGUACAUAUGUUUGGAGUAAAAACUACUCAUUCACUGCACCACCAUAUCCUGGGCAGAACUCAUUGCAACGCGUUAUCAUCUUUGGAGACACUGGAAAGGCAGAACGUGAUGGAUCCAAUGAGUAUCAAAAUUACCAGCCAGGAUCACUCAAUACGACUGAUACACUUACCAAGGACUUGGGUAACUAUGAUAUAGUCUUUCACAUUGGUGACCUGCCUUACUCAAACGGUUUUCUAUCCCAAUGGGAUCAAUUCACCGAAAUGAUUGAACCCAUUGCCUCCGCUGUACCAUACAUGGUCGCUAGUGGUAAUCACGAACGAGAUUGGCCGAAUUCAGGAUCCUUUUAUAACACAGCAGACUCUGGUGGUGAAUGUGGUGUACCUGCUGAAACAAUGUUCUAUGUACCAGCGGAAAAUCGUGCAAACUACUGGUACUCUGUGGAUUAUGGUAUGUUUCGAUUUUGCAUUGGUGACUCAGAACAUGACUGGAGAGAGGGAACCGAGCAGUACAAAUUCAUUGAGAAAUGUUUUGCAACAACGGACAGGCAAAAACAACCAUGGCUUAUUUUUGCUACUCAUCGUGGGCUUGGCUAUUCAUCCGAUGAGUGGUAUGCUCGACAAGGUUCAUUUGAAGAACCAAUGGGAAGAAGCAAUUUUAUUUCAACGUUACCAAGUGUGCUGGUACAUGUGCCUAUAGAGAGUGAUAGUCUAACAUACAUUGGUGUUUGUUGUUUGUUAUGUCAUGUCGUGCAGAAUAUUUGCGUGAGCCCUGCUACAUCGCACUUCUCAGGGCUAUGGAAUGGAACAAUUCACGUUGUUGUAGGAGGCGGUGGAAGCCAUCUGGCUAGUUUCUCAACUCUAAAGACAACGUGGAGUUUGUAUAAAGAUUUUGAUUUUGGAUUCGUAAAAAUGACUGCAUACAACCACACCUCUCUCCUUUUUGAGUACAAGAAGAGCAGCGAUGGAAAUGUUUAUGAUUCAUUCACAAUCACAAGGGAAUACAUGGAUGUUCUUGCAUGUACCGUAGACAGUUGUGCAGCUACUACUUUAGCUGCCUAAUUGCCUAGCCUUUAGUCUUUUACUUUUUUUACUAUGUAAAAUCCGUGGUAAAAAGGGGAGAUUUUAUGUGCUAUGAACAAUCUGCAUACACUAAGCUGUAGUAUAUGUGUAUCUGUUCGA